CCAGACCAAGACCCAGAGUUCAACACAACAAACAACGUAGUGGCGACAGCCGACAGUGCGAUGUGAGGCACGGAAUCCCAUCAUCCAGCUCUAGAAGACCUAACUGCUACAAUGGCUCUUAUACUACGUGGAUCGGUCCGUGCCCUCCAGGCGGCAGCGCAGCACAUUGCAUCAAGAUCAAUGAGCAGUGUAGCAGCUGGAAAAUGGCAGAUUGUUGGUUCAGCAUGUAUCACUCGUCCUCCAGUUGUGUGCCCUCCAAUGACAUCCUUGGAACAGCAAUACUAUGAGAUGAUUACUACAAUAGAGGAAGAGAAUUCCCUGAAAAGUGACCAUGAAAUAAGAGUAGAGCAAGAUAGAAUAAAUUUGGAAAUUAUGAAGACUGGGGAGGCUGAUGAACUUGAUCUUGAGGAAGCUUCUAAACAAACUGCCAUAGAAUUUGAAGAUUCAUGUUUAGAAGAGCUCAAAUCUUUUGAAUCUACUCAUCUUGAUAAAGUGAAUCAUGAAGUGAAGGAUAUUAAGAGCAUCAAUCGUGCCCUUGAGAGGUCUUUGAUUCUUGUGGUAAAGCAGAAGGUUGGUGCUGCUGAGGAAUGGGUCUUUCCACACACACCUUGGCAGCCUGGAGAGACACUUAGACAGACUUGUGAGCGAUUAGUUCAAGAGACUUGUGGAAGUGACCUGAAGGUGAAAUUUUUGGGCAAUGCCCCUUGUGGGUUUUAUAAGUACAAGUACCCCAAAACAGUUCGUAAAGAAGGUUUCAUUGGGGCUAAGGUCUUCUUCUACAAAUGUCAAGUGAGGAACAAAGAUGGGUCUGUUAUACCUGGAACAAACAUUGUUGACCACCAAUGGCUAACACAAGAUGAGUUAGAUACCAGGCUCAAACAGUCUUAUGCCAAGUCCAUUUCAAAAUUUCUGGUUUCUGAUAGAUAGAAGACAAAUUAGUUUUUAGCAUUUGUAGCAUAUUUGCCUAAUUUAACAAAUGCAGAAGUCUUGUAAAUAGUGCAGUCAGCCCAAAUAACUCGUAUAUAAGUCAAAAGUUAUUUUCAGCAAUCCCCUUUUUCUUAGAAAAAAAUGCCUUAAGUCUCAACAGUGUAGCAAAAGUGGAAUCAAAGUAAAAGAAAUGAUCUGAAAGAAUAGAACAGAAAUCAAAUAUUUUGUGAGAACAGUUGAAGGUAAAAUGUGAUGAAUAAAAAUUUAUGUAUAGGCAGCAAGUUAUUAGUGUAUUUGCACUUUGGGCUUUGAGAAUAGAACACAAUAUCAGUGAUGAUACAAGUACAUGUUUAAUAAACUAUAUUUCAUGUA